CACGUUAAGCAAGCAUGAAAGAGUAGUUCCGUAAAGCAAGCGAGUGAGCGUGCGAGUUGAGUGAGUGAUCGAGUCAGUGAACAGGAUUAAGAUGUACAUAGUGAAAUGAAUGAAUCAUCGAAUCAAUUAAGCGAUUAAUAGUAAAGCUGGCAAAAUAAAUAUAUGCGUAGGCAGUAAGUAAUGCUCAAGCGUACAUAAUAAAGGUACAAUAGUAUAGAUAGAUUGUUAUUUUACGAAUGACAAGUUAACAAAAGGGCUUAACCAAAUUAGAUAUGAACAAACUCAAUUGUGCGUGAGCUGCUAUCAAUCAUUCAAUUAUUUACUUUUCUUUUGUUUGAAUGGUUAAGCUUGCUAUUGGUCAAGUUGCUAUUGGAUACGACCUAAAUUAUCUGUUGUUUUUUUUUAAUAUUUCAAAUAUUUAACUAACAAUUUAGAGUGCCAUCAUAUUUCAUCAAUGUCACCAUGUAAAUAAUCUCAUUUUAACAAACAACAGUAAUUUAUUUAGUCCCAGGGAAACGACACUUUCUUGAUUCAAAUAAAUGUAGUAUAGAAGAGAUUAAAUAUUUCCCAUAUAAACGAAUUAUACCACAUGGUUACUGUAUAAAAGAUGAUUUAAAUUGGAGACCACAUAAUUUAGCAUUAAAUCCAAUUUAUUCAGAGUAUAAUCAUUUUCUUUAAAUCAAUUAUGAUAUUGACUAUAGUUAUGGAUUAGACUGGUCAUCAAAAUUGCGUUAUAUUGAAGCAUAUAAAGAUGAAGAUAGAAGAGAUGAAAAUAUCUGGCCAGAACAUUCAAGUCAUUUAAGAACAUAUCCAAAAUUAAAAUGUCAUGGAAUGAGUCCAGAAUGGUCAAUCUAUACUAAUGGAUAUACUACUGGAAAGAAAUGUUUAUUCGAUGGAAUACAUCAACGUAGUAUUUAUUGUACAUCAGAAUAUAUUUUACAUGAUGGAUUCACGCAUAAAAGGCGAAGGGAUACUAUAGAACAAUAUAACAGCAUGAAACCAGGAGAUAAAAGUUAUGGUUCUGUAGAAUACUCACCAGAUUUUUAUAAAAUUAAUUCGUCCGUUCCAAAAGUUCGAUUCGGUUUAAUAACACACAUCUCAAAACAAAUCGAAGUCCCGAGAUUUCCAGUUAGUCCAAUCGUACAAUCAACUGAGCAUGAAUAUAAUCAAGAUUUAAAAUUAUUACGUAAAGAAUUACGUGAAUUAGAUGGAUGGAAACCGGCACCAACUUUAACUGAAACUAUAUCGUCUGUAAAGUUUUCAAGGAAGUAGUUUUCUUUUUUCUUUCAGAAAACAUAUUUAUAUACAAUUAUAUGAUAUAAAUUAA